UUUUAUAGAAUAUUAAAUUUUGUAUAUUUAAUGAGUCUAACAUUUGAGAGAUUGAAGAAACAAGAUUUAUUGUUAUCAGCAGUGUUAUAUGAGAAGAUACCAAAGGAGGAAUUAAUUUAACACUUAAGUUAAGUAAAAGGUGAAGAGUUUGACCUGAUUGAUUCAUGGGCCUAUGAAACAUUAUAAGCAGAAGUGAAGAUGCUAGUAGAUAAAAAGCAUGAGGAAUAUCAGAGAACAAGGUAAAUUUUAAGAUAUUAGAAGAACAAUGAGUGCAGAAGAAGAAAUACUCUAGAAACCUAAUGUAAUAAUUAAUGAUGAAAAGAAUUAUAGAGAAACAAUCUCAUGCAAAUAACUACCUCCCAAUAGGUUAGUACUCUAUUUUGUUGAAAAUCCAUAAAUUGUAAUCUAACCUAAAAUUGCAGAAUAUAAGAUAAUUGAAGGAAACACUUUCACUCCAAAUUAUGUUAAUUAUUGUGUUGUGGUUGGGUAAUUUGGAUCAAAUGUGUGGAGAAGAGUAGAACACUUCCAUUGGUUAUAAGAAUCUUUACAAUAAUAAUAUCCUGAUAGUCUUAUACCUCCACUACCUCAUAAAACUAUAUUUAGAAAGUUUACACCUGAACAUAUAUCCAAAAGAUCUAAAAUGUUGGAACAAUUCCUUGGUGCCAUCCUUAACAAUCAUCUCUUAAGACAAUCUGAUUUUAUUGAAGGCUUCUUAUUUAUUGAUGAUGAUAUCAAAUUUAAGUAAUUGUUAGCUGCCUCUUCUGUUUUAAAAUAACCAACCAAAUAUACUGAUUAUGCUAAUCAAGAAGGGUAAGUCAUUUUAGAAUUCAAUCCUAUGAUGGAUAAGUAUUUUAUAGAUAUUCAUAAGUAAUUAUUUCAUUUUCAUUCUUUUAGUUACAUGUUAAACACUAAUGAUAUUUAUAAAGAAUUAACCGAUAAUUCAAGGUUUCUUGUUGCCUCAAUGAAAGACUUAAUUCUCAAAGUUAAGAAUCUUUAUGGAAGCAUAGGUUCUUUAAAGGAAGCUACCAAAGCUUUUAAUCUUAAAAAUAUUGUUGGUAGUCUUCCUUUAUUAGAAUUUGUUUAUACAUUACUUGAAGAAUACUUUAUUGAUUGGAGUGCCAAUUUAACCAAAUUGACUAACACUUUAAAUGAAAAUCUUUAUGAAUUCUUUAGGUUCUAAAGGGAUAUGCAAAAUUAAUGUGCGGAAUUGAUCUCUACUAGAAAUAAAGCCUAAUCUAAAUUUAUUAAGGAAUAAUAAGAUUUAUUGAAGAAGAAAUACAAAUACUUUACUAGUGAACCUAUUGAAAAAUGGGAAAUGGUCACUGAUAUGGAUAAAACCAAAAUUAAAUAAAGUUAGGCUCUCUCAUAUCAUUUUAUGUUUCCAAAAGAAACUUAAGAAGUUGAAGAUUUAAAAAUGAGAUUUGCAUAUGUCAAUAGAUAAGCAUUUUAAUAAUUCACUUAAUAUUUUGAUAAUAAAAGCAUCUCCUACACUUCUAGAAUGUUUAAUAUGAGUAUACGCAAAAAAGAAAAUGCUGCUUAACAUACACAACAUGUUGAAAAGAUUGUUUAAUAAUUCAUGUAACUUGUUGCUAUGAGAAAUGGUGAAAUCCCAAAUCUCAAAUAAGAAUGGAUUGAUUAAUACUUCAAUCCCCUUAGAAUUAGUUGUAUUGUUAAGUGACUAUCCCUUGAGAAUUAUAUUAUCAUCAUUUAU